GCGGCUUAAGCUCCCAGAGUUCUCAUUGGGUCAACGCGGGAAGCCCCAAGAUGGCGGCAGCAGGGACCUGCGGCACCGGCACCCGGAGUACUGGGUCUAUGGUGGCGGCGGCCAGCACGAACAACGUCACUAGCUUCCGGCGGAGGGGUCCCAGAGCUAGCGGUGCCGACAGUGGCUGCUCUCGACUGGUGUCCAUCGCGGGGACACGGCCGUCGGUGCGGAAUGGACAGCUGCUGGUAUCAACCGGGCUGCCAGCCCUGGACCAGCUCCUAGGUGGAGGUUUGGCCGUCGGAACAGUUCUUCUAAUUGAAGAGGAUAAAUACAACAUUUAUUCUCCUUUGCUCUUCAAGUAUUUCCUGGCAGAAGGAAUUGUCAGUGGCCAUGCUUUGUUGGUUGCAUCUGCAAAAGACGACCCUGCUGACAUCUUACAGAAACUUCCUGCACCAUUAAUUGAUGAUAGCUAUAAAAAAGAAUGCGAUGAAGAUGUAUGCAGUCAUAAAAUAGAAUCUGACAUUAAGAUGAAAAUAGCUUGGCGUUAUCAGUUAUUACCCAAGAUGGAGGCUGGACCAGUAUCAUCUUCAAGAUUUGGUCACUAUUAUGAUAUAUCAAAAAGGAUACCACAAGAACUCAUUGAGACCUCAAAGUGGCAUGGAUUUUUUCUCCCAGAAAAAAUAUCAUCAACUUUUAAUGUAGAACCCUGUUCUUUGACCUCUGGCUACAUGAAGCUGCUCCAGUUUAUCCAGAACAUUAUUUAUGAGGAAGGAUUUGAUGGAUCCAAUCCCCAGAAAAAACAGAAAAACAUUUUAAGAAUAGGAAUCCAGAAUCUUGGUUCACCUUUGUGGGGAGAUGAUAUUUGCUGUACAGAAAACUGUGACACGAGUCAUAGCCUCACGAAGUUCCUCUAUAUACUCCGUGGACUUCUGCGAACCUCUCUUUCAGCCUGUAUCAUUACCAUGCCAACACACCUUAUCCAGAAUAAAGCAGUUAUUGCUCGUGUUACAAACUUGUCAGAUACAGUAGUUGGUCUGGAAUCAUUUAUUGGUUCUGAGAAAGAAACCAACCCAUUAUAUAAGGAUUAUCAUGGUCUUAUUCAUAUACGGCAGAUUCCUCGACUUAAUAACUUGAUUUAUGAUAUAUCAGAUGUCAAAGACUUAGCUUUUAAAUUAAAAAAGAAGCUGUUCACCAUUGAGGCCAAGCCCAAUUUCUGCUAAACCAUGGGUCAGUGAGCUCGUGCUGAUUCUCAUAUGAAUGAUGGGCUUGAUUUUGCAAAGAUAACACCAACUAUCAAUACCUACGUCUUGCUACCAUUAUGAACAACCUAGAAUAGGACAGUGUGCAUUUUGAACGUGUUGUUUCCUUUACUUUUACUAUCUAUAGCAAUCCUGGACACCAUCAGAAUUGUGUAUAUUUCUGAAGCAUUACAUUUUUAAAUGUUUUUAAUGUUUAGUAACAAAGCAGUAUAAAACAAGCAACAUAUUGUCGUAUGUAUUUGUUAUCUUUCCUUAUUAAAAGUCAUAGGCAGAAAAAAAGAAUACACCUUAAAUGGUUUUAAUAAGGUAAAGUUUUACAUUUAGUAAAUGAUCUUACAAACAAAUCUAAGUGUAAGAACAACAGAGUUUCACCAGAAUGUGAUGCGUAUCUGCUUUAGUAGCUUUUCUACAUCCACCCAAGCGAAAACAAUAUUAUAUUAAUAAAUCAUAAGAGGCUUCUAUUAGCUUGAUAAAUAAGCACAUUUAAAAUACAAGUUAGAAAAGGAUUUGUUUAAAUACUUUAAAUAGUCUUUGUCAUAACCAUUCUAGUGAUGCCCAAUACAAUUUUCAUUUUUCAAACAUUUUUGGUAGAAAUUUAAUCUUUGAAAAUAUUAAUAACAGCUUACAGCAGGUAAGCUAUAAAAUAACACUGGAUGCUGUCUAUUUAGUUUCUGGUUGAAAAAGCACAGCAGUACUUUAGUUCAUUACCUUUGAAAAAAACAGUAACAAGAUAAUACAGCUGCCUCUGAUUAAGAUGUAAAUUCUUUCUAAUUAGAAUGUAAAUUCUUACAUUUAAAUGAAGACAUCAAUUGUCAGGAUGCCAUAUGAUAUCUUAUUCCACCUUGCCUGAAUGCAGCCCUCACUGCUCAUCUAUGGCACUAAAAUAGUUUUGCAAUCCCUUUGUUCCCUGAUUCUUGUAAUAUUCUCUCUUCAUGUUCCCUUUUCACAUUGCUUUUGUUUGUUUUCCCCCUUGCAUCUGAUAUUGUUGUGCCUUGGGAUUUUGCAGAAAUUUGGAAUGAAAAUUGAGUUCACUCAGUGCCAGUAUUUGCUUGUGCCUCAAUUACUUCUGCUGAAUUUUCCUCAAUGCAAAUCAGGCAGGUUGCAUAAAGUGGUGCAUGUAUUUGAAAUAAUUAAUUUUCCGUAAAA